AUGGCUAAGGAAAACCUGGUGGAGCAGCAUGAUGGAAUCAUCAUUGAAGAUAGGAAUGCUGACCAGGUCAAGGGAACGCGGGCCCCCGCCUCGGGGCCGCAGAAACUGAAUGUCCUUGAGAGUUGGGAGCGAGUGCUGAGGCCAGGCCAGAGACAGGACCCCCCAAGAGGGGACGUGAAGGGGAGAAGGAGGUACAGCCGUUGGCACAGACCCGGCGCGCGCGCUGGCUCCCCCGAGCCCAGUGCCGGCGCAGCCCCGCGGCGCCCCGGACACACCCACUGCGCCCUGUCGCCCCGCGUCUGCCCGGCAGCCUGCCGUCCAGCCACAGCCCACGAGGCCGGCAGCGGCCAGGCAGCGCAGGGCGCGCGGAACGCGCGGCGGGCUCUGCUCACCUGGCGGUCCGCGUCCGGGAGCGGCCGGCGGCCGCCUAGCCUCACCCGUGCCUGGUUCUCGGCGCCGGGCAGCGCCGCCGCCCCGCGCCCGCCCUGCACGGACUCCGCUGCUACCCAGUUCCUUGUCGGACUGCGCGGGCGGCCAGCGGCUCGGAAUCCACAGUCCACCUCAGUAUGCAAGAGAAUAUCUAUAGCCCCAAGCUCCGGGGACAUAAGCAACCUUGUUUGUAGACAGAAUAUCAGGCUUUCCCAUGAAGUAUCGGAGAGUUUUCAGGCUACAUUUUGGUUUAUCUAA